AGAUACCAUAGUGUUGCUUCCUGCGUUACAGCGUGGUGACCCGAUGUUCCUAAAUCUGAUGUCAGACUCUUCAUUAUGGCUCAUGUGAUCAAAUUCAUUUCAAUGUGAAGGAGAUCUCAUCUAGGUUUCUGUUAUGGUAUCUUUCAUCCAGUGCGUCAUUUUGUGUUAACUUCUGAGUUAAUAUGUGUGUCUUUCUUUAUAUUCUGAGGUUUAAUGCAUGUUUGUUUUCUCUGCAGGUCAUGGGUGCCAGGUGAGCCGCCCUGACAGGAGCAGUGUCUGCACCUUGUAGUGAUGGAUGCUGAGAAGAAACCAGAAGACAGCGAGGAUGGAACUGCAAACAAAGACGCACAGCACUCGAGGGCUGCUUCGUCCCAGGAUGUGGGGUGCGGGCCUGUGCCUGAGGUGGCAGCGAGUUCUGCCGAGAAUUCCACGAGCAAAAGAGCUUUCCCAGAGCCAUCACCCAGCGUUGCAGUGGAGGACGGACGUGAACAUGCUUCCAAACGAAUGAAGCCUGGGGAGCCCGAGCCCUGCCGGUCCCGAGAGCAGGGUGUUCAUGGGCUCUUGGCAGCGGGCAUCCCGCCAGGUGAGAUGAUGAAGACGUCCCUCCUGAGUGAGUGCGCAGAUGGGGACGCGCGUCCUCCCACCGCCUGCUCCCCGAGCUGCAGUUCUAGCACAGCUGACACUGUGUCUCUGAAAACAGACACUGAGAAGUCUGCUCAGGAAAUGGUCUCCCUUGACCCAGACACAGAAUCCUCUUUCUCCACAGAAGAGGCUGUUAGUGUUGGUUGUACCGUUGGGAAUGUGGAUGCAGCUUCCAAGUGCAGCAUGCGUGAGCAUUCGUUUUCCUCUUUGUCGGAUCUGGAGAAGCAGGCCCAGUGUCAUGUGCCACCGUCUAAAGAGCCUCCCCACUGCCCCUGCAGCCACGGAGCAGAGAGCAGCGCAGUGCUGCAGACUCACACCACACAGACACACGGGUGCCGGACGGUCUUUUCUUGUGACCUUUGUGGCUUUCAGUGUGUGGAAGAGAACCUUUUGAAUGCCCAUUGUCUUGGAAAAACACAUCUCCGGCGGCAGAAUCUCGCUGCUCGUGGAGGAUUUGUGCAGAUCUUAACAAAACAAUCUUUUCCUAAGAAACCAUGUACCAUUGGAACAAAGAAUGUUCGCAUAAAACCGAGAGUUUCUAAACAAAUAGCAAAGAAUAGUGACUCUAAAGGACUAAAAAAUGGUGGAAGCAAAUUGAAAGACUUGAGAAGCAGCAUUUCUAAGCAGAGUGGCAGUGGCAGCGAGCUCCUUGUUGAAAUGAGGCCGUUCAGGAGUACUGCGCUAGAAAAGGGAGAGGUUGUGGAAGAAAAUGCCACUUCCCUUGGUGCAGCUCAAACUCCUGAAAACCAGAGUAAAAAGUUAGGAGCCUUAGUAACCUCACAGGGUCUCUUAGAUAAAUUGGAAUCUUCCAGAAAGACCCUACAGACAGCUCAGGGUCUCAGCGCAACCCCAAGACCCAGACCUGAGCGGAAUGUUCUCAUGCUGGCUAAUAGCUUCCGCCGACGAAGUGGCACUUUCCCACUGAAAGGCCAGGCCAAGAAAAGGUUUACGCUUUUAGGAAUUAAUAAAAGAGGUGCUAGUGAAACUUCCAGGAUAUAUAUGAAACACUUCAGAGCACAGAUGAAAACAGAUGAUGUGGAGUCCAUGCCUAAACACAUGGAAACAGGUGGCAGUGCCCAUGGUCUAUGUGUAACUUCCUCAGAGACCCAGGACCAGAAGCAGAGCGAGAGAAACACCCACCUCGCGAGCGCCUUAGACCCUCCGACAGCGAGGGCAGCUUCUGACUGUCAGAUAUCCUGUACUUGCACACACUGUGGCCAGGUGGCCACGAGUACGACUGAGUUGGAAGUCCAUGUGAACAGCUGCCAUGCAGGAGAGGUGAAGUUGUCCUGCCAGACCUGGGACCUUCCCAUUGCCUCGAGGAGGGACCUGCAUGAGCACUUGCAAAGUCACCAGCAUCAGCAAACGGCCUCUGUGCUCAGUUGUCAGUGCUGCUCGUUUACUUCCUUGAGUGAAACAAAUCUCAGAGACCACGUGAAGGAAAAGCACGGUAUGGGCUUCCUUUGUCCCCCCUGUAAUCUGUUCUUCUUGUCUGAGAAGGAUGUGGAGGAGCACAGGAUGACUGAGAAGCAUAUUCGCUUAUUGGUUCAACCAAAGACUUCUCAAUCAUUUAACAAUGAUUCGGAUUUACAGACUUUACCGUUAAGUACUUUAGACUCAGAAAACAUAAAGGAACCCCUGAGUGAGUCAGGAGGAGCAGCUGCAGAAGAAGUGGCUCCACCCCGGCUGAGCCUUGGAAGCGAAGGAAGGCACGUGAGCAGGCCGCAGUUUCAGUGCAAAAAGUGCUUUUACAAAACGCGGUCCUGCUCUGUCCUCACACGGCACAUAAAGCUCCGGCAUGGCCAGGACUACCACUUCCUCUGUAAAGCAUGCAACCUGUAUUCACUGAGCAAGGAGGGGAUGGAGAAGCACAUUAAGAGGAGCAAACAUCUUGAAAAUGCUAAGAAAAACAAUAUUGGCUUAAGCUUUGAAGAAUGCAUUGAAAGGGUCUGUAUAGGUGCAAAUGACAGAAAAGAAGAGGUUACCAUUUCUGGAAAGGAAAGGACAGGAGGCGACGGAGAAGGUGCGCACUUGCAGGAGGGUCCCUCUCUGGGGAAGAGCCCCACUGCCCAGGAGCAGGAACAGUCUGGAAUCAUCGCCAAAGAUGAGGACUUAGCUUUGACCACCACACCAAAGAGGGGGAGACCCAAAGGCAGCGUCUCACGGACGUGUUCACACUGUGGCCUCUUGGCCUCUAGUAUUACAAACCUGACCGUGCACAUUAGACGAAAACACAGUCACCAAUACAGUUACCUAUGCAAGGUGUGUAAGUAUUACACGGUAACUAAGGGAGAUAUGGAGCGUCACUGUGCCACCAAGAAACACAGGGGACGUGUAGAAAUAGAAGCUAAUGGAAAACGAAGUUCAGAGAUCGUUGUUGGCCCCGAAGGGGGUAACCUCGAAGCCUGCAGCAGGAGCACCAGUUCAGAUGAACAUGCCAUUAAGUCAGCUGAACCAGAUCCCUCCAGUUUAGAAAAGCUGGGACAAGAGCAUGGAGAUCCAAUUGAAGUCGAAGUUGAAAAUGUGCUUCAUCCUACCAAUGGAGAAGCCAGCAGUCACCUUAUGGAUGAGAGGAAGCAAGUAUCUCUAGAGCCAGAAGACCUGGUGCAGCAGGGGGAGGCGUGCUCGCAGAGAGGUGCCCCGGGCACAGGUGACAACAGAUGUGCACACUGCGCGUUUAGCGCUUACUCUUCUGCCUCCCUAGGACUGCACGUCAAACGGAAACACACGAAAGAGUUUGCAUUUUAUUGCAUGGCCUGUGAUUACUAUGCUGUGACUCACCGAGAGAUGACCAGGCACGCGGCCACUGAAAAGCACAAGAUGAAGAGGCAGCCUCGCCUGAGCACAGCUGACGUGGGGGCAGGUCCCUCAGGAUCGUCCAGAAACAUCGUCAUACCUGAGGCGCAGCAUCAGCAAAGUUCUGAAGAAUUUCAGGUAGUGUCAGACCAAUCACCUGAAGCUCUUAAACCUAGCAACGCUGCUGGUGGUUCUGUUUUAGAUGAGAAUACGAACUUAGACAUGUCUAAAGUACUCUGUGUUCCUGAUGCCAUAGAGGUGGAGACUGAAGAAGAAUCUAAUCUCAGUGAAGAUCCUUCCUUUUGUGAAACUUUCCAACAGCCUCCUGCCAAGGACAAAGUUAGGACACCUGAGGAGAUGGUGACCCUUAACAUUUCCUCUAAUGGCUCCCCAAGCAAACUUCAGAAUGGAAAUUCAGGAAGCUCAGCCUUGAAUUAUGAGACAGCAAAGAACAACCACAGCAGGUUGAGUGACAUCGGUGAUCCAGAUGCACAUCCUGAGAGUGAUGGAGGGAGUGGAGGAGACCACGCAGAUGAGGUCCUCAGCAAACACGGAUGCCCCAGAGUUCUGGGUGGAGCCCAUUCAGCUGAGAGCACCGUCCCUGUUGUGAUGAGAAUGACAGGAGGACAGCUGCACCUGGAUAGCUGUGGUCAAGACCAAGUGGGAAACACAUCGAGUUCAGCUGAUUUGAAAGCUAUGCAAGAAGAUCCUGUUUUGGAAAAUAAGGAAAUUCUGAUGGAUUCCCAGCAUGAAACUGAAAUUAUUUUGGAAGAAGAUGGGCUGGCUUCUGAUAGCACCAUUGAAAGUAACGAUGUUUAUGAAACUAUAAUGAACAUUGAUGAAAAAGGACAGGCCCUGUACAGCUUUGGCCGGUUUGAUUCUUCCAUUGUCAGAAUAAAGAACCCGGAAGAUGGUGAAUCGAUAGACCAACCCGAAGAGGGUCUGAUGGCCACGGAAGUGAGAAUGAGUGAGUCGCCCUCAAAAGACUGUGCUCAAGGCCUGAAAAAGAAGAAAUCCGAAGGCAGCUCCUUUAGCGAGUCCACACGCAUCCGCUGUGAUGACUGCGGCUUCUUAGCAGAUGGCUUGAGUGGACUGAACGUCCACAUAGCCAUGAAGCACCCUACAAAGGAGAAGCACUUCCAUUGUCUGCUGUGUGGAAAGUCCUUCUACACAGAGAGCAACCUGCACCAGCACUUGGCCAGCGCCGGGCACCUGAGGAAUGAGCAGGCCAGCGUGGAGGAGCUGCCGGAGGGUGGGGCCACCUUUAAGUGUGUCAAGUGUACGGAGCCCUUUGACUCAGAGCAGAAUUUGUUUCUGCACAUUAAAGGGCAGCAUGAGGAACUGCUGCGGGAGGUGAACAAGCACAUAGUGGAGGACACCGAGCAGAUUAACCGCGAGCGAGAGGAGAACCAGGGCAACGUCUGCAAGUACUGCGGCAAGCUGUGUCGCAGCAGCAAUUCCAUGGCAUUCCUGGCUCACAUCCGCACGCACACAGGAUCAAAACCAUUCAAGUGCAAGAUCUGCCAUUUCGCAACCGCUCAGCUUGGCGAUGCCAGGAACCAUGUCAAAAGGCACCUUGGGAUGAGGGAAUACAAGUGCCAUGUGUGUGGGGUUGCUUUUGUAAUGAAGAAGCACUUAAAUACUCAUCUACUAGGCAAACAUGGAGUUGGCACCCCUAAAGAAAGGGUAUUUCUAGGAUAUCCUCUGCUUUGAACAAUAUUUAUAUAAGCAGUAAC